CUCCUCGCAUUUUGAAUUUAGGCGCCUGAAGGGGAGGGAGGCUCGGGGGAGAGGGCCUCAGCGCCGCCCCAGGGCGCGAGCAGGGACGCCGCCAGGGGUGGAAAGCCAAGGCGGGGUGCCAGCUCAAGGCUCCUCCGUUGCAAUGUAUUGUGCCUCACCACACUCAGUGGCUUGUUUUCUUUUUCUCACUCUCGUUUCAGCCUCGCGAAGCAGCCCUGAGAGCACGAGCAGGGAGCCCCACGAGAGUCGCGCAUGCUGGAAGGGGGAUUGUUGUGAGGAUUUCUAGAGCAACCCACACAGCUCUGAGAGGCAGCUUCCCCUGGGAGAUAGGGGCUGCCUCAAAAGAGCACCUUGGUGCUUCAGUGGCAACGUGGUAGCCUGUAAAAUGUACUCCCAACCCUGUGAGGAGGCUCCUUGGUCUGGACGGUGGUGGCUCCCUAAAAGAGCCUUUAAAUCUUUAAUAGCAAUUCUGUGGCUGGCCUUGGGUGUUUCCAGGGUUUUACUAUGGAUGGCUUCCCACUCCCAUUAUCUCUAUAUGCUGCUUGGAAUAUUGUUUAAAUACAAACGUAUAAUAUUUGUAAAAAGUAAAACUAAAAUAGGCUUUAAAUAGGAUAAAAUCAAAUAAGCAGAGAAUACAAGCUUGAAUAGGAUAAAAUCUAAAAAACAGUGAGCUAGUGCAGUAUAAUAAAGGAAAUAUAGGUCAUUAAUAUAACAGAAAGUUAACAGAAAAGUGUGAAGCAUUCUAAAAGCAGGUUAGGUAUUUUACAACAACUAGUGUAUUAAAAUAAUAUUCAAAGUAGCAUAUGGAAAUAAUGAAAAAGCGUAUCCAUAAUAAAAGCCUGAAACCCCAGAAAGCAUAGUAUUUAUUUCUCAAAGCAGUCCCUAAGAUGGCUUGGCUGUAGCCCCUCACAGCUAGAUUGGAUGCCCUGACACGUAUUGCUCAGAGCAGCCCACAAAGGAGCUAGAGCAUGACUUUCUUAUAUGGACUCCAUGUUUUUGCUUUGAAUAACCCUUAAUUUAGCUAGAGAAUAGCUUUCUCAUUCUAGACUGUAUCUCAUUGUUCUGCAUGGCCUCAUUAAGUAGCAGUGUGCCUUUCUCCUAGAUUUUACACUUUUGCUCUAAGAAUCCCCUCAUUUAGCUGGUGGGUGUUGAUGUCCAAACCUUUCUGUGUAACCUUACUUUUCAUGCUCUGAAUAGUGGUGAGAUGGCAUAUCUGACUUGCACAGAUGAUCAGCUUGGUCUGCCGUGCCCGUGGAGAAAGCAAGGAUAGUGGAAAUGCAGCAUCCUUGACCUCUUCAAGCAGCGUGGUGUGCUGACCAGGCUUGGCUGGCUGAAGGGACAUAGUGAUGAAGCGAGGGAACAAGUCUUGCAGGCUUAAGAUUUGAGGAGGAAAAGGGGAGAAAAAACAAAACAGUACAGAAGGAAGAAGAAAAACAAGCAGAAAGGAGAAACAAGAGGAAUCAAAAGAGAAGAAGUAGGAGGAGGGAUUGUUUUUAAAGAUGCUUGACAGAAGAAUCAGGGUGCCGUUCCUGGCUGUGUGCCUUGGCCCUUCAUCUUGUGAGUGGUGAUGAGUUGCCAUCUCCCAACUGCCCCGUCCCUAGUCUUCAGCUUGGUGCGCCCUGCCCUGCCCACGGAGAAAGCCAGGGACGGUGGAAGUGCGGCAUCCAUGACCUCUUCAAGCAGCGUGGUGUGCCGAGCGGGCCCUGCUGGCUGGCUGAAGAAGGCACACGAAGGCAAUGGGGAGCAAGGACAGAAGAAAGAGGUGCAGGAGGAGGAAGAGAAGCAAGCAGGAAGGCGCCGGAGGAGGCGUGAUGAAAAGAAGCAGGAGGAGACCGGCUCUCCAGGAGCUUGGCAGAAGAAACGGGCAGGCUGUGCUUCCACCAGGCGGACGGCUCCAUUUCUCUCUCUCUCGGCCACUGAUCACUCUGCGUGGGGCUGCAGCUGGACCUGCAGCGUGGCAUUCCUCGUGCUGGACUUCACGUCUUUGCACGCAGGAGCCCUGACAGGGGUGGGAGCGCGGCCUUCUCCGGCCGCCCUGAAUCUCUCUGCACCGAGUCCCUUGCAAUUGGGUGGGAGGUGGCUUGCUCCUGCUGGACCUGAAGUAUGUGCGCUGAGCCGCCCCUCGAUGGGACUGGGGGUAUUGCUUUUUCGCGCCACUGCUUUAUGUAUGUGCGCUGAGCUGCCCCUGGGUAGGCUGGCCUGGGGGUGUUGCUUCCUCGCGCCGAGCCUUAGAGGUAUGUGCGCUGAGCCUCCCCUGGUCGGGGCUGGGGGCGUUAGCUUUCUCACGCCGAGCUUGAUGCCAUGUGCGCUGAGCCUGCCCCUGGCUGGGCUCAGCUUGGGGGUGUUGCUUCCUCUCGCGCCGAGCCUUCGGGUAUGUGCGCUGAGCCACCCCGGGCUGGGGCUGGGAGCGUUGCUUUGUGCUGCCAGGCCUUAUGUCUCUGCACUGAGCCGCCCCAGUGAGGGCUGGGGGCGUUGCUUCCUCUCGCCACGAGCUUCACGUCUUUGCUCUGAGAAGCCCCUCAUUUGGCCGGGGGUGGCUCUCUCCAAGCCUUGCUGCCUGACUUUGCUCCGAGUGGUGUUGAGCUGGCCACUCCGCCCUGCCCACGGAGGAAGCUCUAGAAGUGUGGCCUCCCGGACCUCUUGCAGCAGCAGCAGCAGCAGCAGCAGCCUCUGCUGGCUGAAGGCACACGCCUGACGCUUGGUGUGCUCAUGCUCCUUGGCUUGGGCUCUUGCAUGAACAGCGCUGGUCCUCAAGAAGGCCUUCUCAAGGGGGAAAGAGUCAAGAGCUGCGAGAAGCUGCUCUCUUGCCUUCGGAGGCAAGGGAGAGAAAGGGCAGAAGAAAGAAGUGCCGCAGGCUGGCGAAGCAGCAGCAGCAGCAAGCAGCAACAGGAGGAGACCUGGACGGGGAAGAAGGAGGCGGAGAAGAGUGGCUCUCUUGAAGCAGCUUCACAGAAGGAAGAAGGGGGAGAUUGCGCUUCGACCAGCUGGAGGGCCUCUUUGCUGGCUCUCUCUCUGCUCUGUCUCCCGGAGUAGAUAGAGGCUGAUUUCCCUGGAGCCUGGCUGCUUCAGGAGGCUUAGGAUGUCCCUGCCCGGAGUAGCCUCUGGUCUGGGAGGGGCGUGGACAGAACAGGAUGGACUCGGUGUCCAUACGCUCAGUGGCCCUUUCUUGAACUGGGCUGCGGCUUUCUCGUGCUGGACUUCACGUCUCUGCACUGGGGGGCCAUAAAAAUAGUGAGAGCGUGGCCCUCGUAGGGGCCGUACAAGGAGCAGCCCCUAUUUCAGCUGAGGUGUGUCUUUCUCGUGCUGGACUUUAUGUCUCUGCACUGGGGAGCCAUAAAAAUAGUGAGAGCGUGGCCCUCGUACACGGAGCAGCCCCCAUGUCAGCUGAGGUGUAGCUUUCUCGUGCUGGACUUCACGUCUUUGCACUGCAGAGCCCUACAAUUGUGGGAGCGUGGCCUCUUUUGUACUAUUAUUAUUAUUUUUACAUUUCUAGCCCGCUCUUCUUCCGAGGAGCCCAAAGCGGUGUACUCCAUACUUGAUUGUUCCCCUCACAACAACCCUGUGGAGUAGGUUAGGUCUGAGAGAGAAGCGACUGGCCCAGAGUCACCCAGCUAGUCUCAUGGUUGAAUGGGGAUGUGGACUCGAGUCUCCUCGGUCCUAGUAAACUAGGGAACCCCCGAUUUGGCUGUGGUGCCGGUUUCACCUGCUGGACUUCACGUCUUUGCACUGGGGAGCCCUACAAUUGUAAACGUAUGGCCAUCUGUAUAGUGGGGAACCCCGAUUUGGCUGGAGAGCGGCUUUCUCAUGCUGGACUUCACGUCCUGGCAGUGGGGAGCCCCGAAAAUGGUGGGAGCAUGGCCUUCUCAGAGGAGCCUGAGUGUCUGUAUGCUGCGUGGCUGCUCAUUUAUCUGCAGGGUGCCGUUCCUGGCUGCGUGCCUUGGCCCUUCAUCUUGUGAGUGGUGAUGAGUUGCCAUCUCCCAACUGCCCCGUCCCUAGUCUUCAGCUUGGUGCGCCCUGCCCUGCCCACGGAGAAAGCCAGGGACGGUGGAAGUGCGGCAUCCAUGACCUCUUCAAGCAGCGUGGUGUGCCGAGCGGGCCCUGCUGGCUGGCUGAAGAAGGCACACGAAGGCAAUGGGGAGCAAGGACAGAAGAAAGAGGUGCAGGAGGAGGAAGAGAAGCAAGCAGGAAGGCGCCGGAGGAGGCGUGAUGAAAAGAAGCAGGAGGAGACCGGCUCUCCAGGAGCUUGGCAGAAGAAACGGGCAGGCUGUGCUUCCACCAGGCGGACGGCUCCAUUUCUCUCUCUCUCGGCCACUGAUCACUCUGCGUGGGGCUGCAGCUGGACCUGCAGCGUGGCAUUCCUCGUGCUGGACUUCACGUCUUUGCACGCAGGAGCCCUGACAGGGGUGGGAGCGCGGCCUUCUCCGGCCGCCCUGAAUCUCUCUGCACCGAGUCCCUUGCAAUUGGGUGGGAGGUGGCUUGCUCCUGCUGGACCUGAAGUAUGUGCGCUGAGCCGCCCCUCGAUGGGACUGGGGGUAUUGCUUUUUCGCGCCACUGCUUUAUGUAUGUGCGCUGAGCUGCCCCUGGGUAGGCUGGCCUGGGGGUGUUGCUUCCUCGCGCCGAGCCUUAGAGGUAUGUGCGCUGAGCCUCCCCUGGUCGGGGCUGGGGGCGUUAGCUUUCUCACGCCGAGCUUGAUGCCAUGUGCGCUGAGCCUGCCCCUGGCUGGGCUCAGCUUGGGGGUGUUGCUUCCUCUCGCGCCGAGCCUUCGGGUAUGUGCGCUGAGCCACCCCGGGCUGGGGCUGGGAGCGUUGCUUUGUGCUGCCAGGCCUUAUGUCUCUGCACUGAGCCGCCCCAGUGAGGGCUGGGGGCGUUGCUUCCUCUCGCCACGAGCUUCACGUCUUUGCUCUGAGAAGCCCCUCAUUUGGCCGGGGGUGGCUCUCUCCAAGCCUUGCUGCCUGACUUUGCUCCGAGUGGUGUUGAGCUGGCCACUCCGCCCUGCCCACGGAGGAAGCUCUAGAAGUGUGGCCUCCCGGACCUCUUGCAGCAGCAGCAGCAGCAGCCUCUGCUGGCUGAAGGCACACGCCUGACGCUUGGUGUGCUCAUGCUCCUUGGCUUGGGCUCUUGCAUGAACAGCGCUGGUCCUCAAGAAGGCCUUCUCAAGGGGGAAAGAGUCAAGAGCUGCGAGAAGCUGCUCUCUUGCCUUCGGAGGCAAGGGAGAGAAAGGGCAGAAGAAAGAAGUGCCGCAGGCUGGCGAAGCAGCAGCAGCAGCAAGCAGCAACAGGAGGAGACCUGGACGGGGAAGAAGGAGGCGGAGAAGAGUGGCUCUCUUGAAGCAGCUUCACAGAAGGAAGAAGGGGGAGAUUGCGCUUCGACCAGCUGGAGGGCCUCUUUGCUGGCUCUCUCUCUGCUCUGUCUCCCGGAGUAGAUAGAGGCUGAUUUCCCUGGAGCCUGGCUGCUUCAGGAGGCUUAGGAUGUCCCUGCCCGGAGUAGCCUCUGGUCUGGGAGGGGCGUGGACAGAACAGGAUGGACUCGGUGUCCAUACGCUCAGUGGCCCUUUCUUGAACUGGGCUGCGGCUUUCUCGUGCUGGACUUCACGUCUCUGCACUGGGGGGCCAUAAAAAUAGUGAGAGCGUGGCCCUCGUAGGGGCCGUACAAGGAGCAGCCCCUAUUUCAGCUGAGGUGUGUCUUUCUCGUGCUGGACUUUAUGUCUCUGCACUGGGGAGCCAUAAAAAUAGUGAGAGCGUGGCCCUCGUACACGGAGCAGCCCCCAUGUCAGCUGAGGUGUAGCUUUCUCGUGCUGGACUUCACGUCUUUGCACUGCAGAGCCCUACAAUUGUGGGAGCGUGGCCUCUUUUGUACUAUUAUUAUUAUUUUUACAUUUCUAGCCCGCUCUUCUUCCGAGGAGCCCAAAGCGGUGUACUCCAUACUUGAUUGUUCCCCUCACAACAACCCUGUGGAGUAGGUUAGGUCUGAGAGAGAAGCGACUGGCCCAGAGUCACCCAGCUAGUCUCAUGGUUGAAUGGGGAUGUGGACUCGAGUCUCCUCGGUCCUAGUAAACUAGGGAACCCCCGAUUUGGCUGUGGUGCCGGUUUCACCUGCUGGACUUCACGUCUUUGCACUGGGGAGCCCUACAAUUGUAAACGUAUGGCCAUCUGUAUAGUGGGGAACCCCGAUUUGGCUGGAGAGCGGCUUUCUCAUGCUGGACUUCACGUCCUGGCAGUGGGGAGCCCCGAAAAUGGUGGGAGCAUGGCCUUCUCAGAGGAGCCUGAGUGUCUGUAUGCUGCGUGGCUGCUCAUUUAUCUGCAGGGUGCCGUUCCUGGCUGCGUGCCUUGGCCCUUCAUCUUGUGAGUGGUGAUGAGUUGGCAUCUCCCAACUGCCCCGUCCCUAGUCUUCAGCUUGGUGCGCCCUGCCCUGCCCACGGAGAAAGCCAGGGACGGUGGAAGUGCGGCAUCCAUGACCUCUUCAAGCAGCGUGGUGUGCCGAGCGGGCCCUGCUGGCUGGCUGAAGAAGGCACACGAAGGCAAUGGGGAGCAAGGACAGAAGAAAGAGGUGCAGGAGGAGGAAGAGAAGCAAGCAGGAAGGCGCCGGAGGAGGCGUGAUGAAAAGAAGCAGGAGGAGACCGGCUCUCCAGGAGCUUGGCAGAAGAAACGGGCAGGCUGUGCUUCCACCAGGCGGACGGCUCCAUUUCUCUCUCUCUCGGCCACUGAUCACUCUGCGUGGGGCUGCAGCUGGACCUGCAGCGUGGCAUUCCUCGUGCUGGACUUCACGUCUUUGCACGCAGGAGCCCUGACAGGGGUGGGAGCGCGGCCUUCUCCGGCCGCCCUGAAUCUCUCUGCACCGAGUCCCUUGCAAUUGGGUGGGAGGUGGCUUGCUCCUGCUGGACCUGAAGUAUGUGCGCUGAGCCGCCCCUCGAUGGGACUGGGGGUAUUGCUUUUUCGCGCCACUGCUUUAUGUAUGUGCGCUGAGCUGCCCCUGGGUAGGCUGGCCUGGGGGUGUUGCUUCCUCGCGCCGAGCCUUAGAGGUAUGUGCGCUGAGCCGCCCCUGGUCGGGGCUGGGGGCGUUAGCUUUCUCACGCCGAGCUUGAUGCCAUGUGCGCUGAGCCUGCCCCUGGCUGGGCUCAGCUUGGGGGUGUUGCUUCCUCUCGCGCCGAGCCUUCGGGUAUGUGCGCUGAGCCGCCCCGGGCUGGGGCUGGGAGCGUUGCUUUGUGCUGCCAGGCCUUAUGUCUCUGCACUGAGCCGCCCCAGUGAGGGCUGGGGGCGUUGCUUCCUCUCGCCACGAGCUUCACGUCUUUGCUCUGAGAAGCCCCUCAUUUGGCCGGGGGUGGCUCUCUCCAAGCCUUGCUGCCUGACUUUGCUCCGAGUGGUGUUGAGCUGGCCACUCCGCCCUGCCCACGGAGGAAGCUCUAGAAGUGUGGCCUCCCGGACCUCUUGCAGCAGCAGCAGCAGCAGCCUCUGCUGGCUGAAGGCACACGCCUGACGCUUGGUGUGCUCAUGCUCCUUGGCUUGGGCUCUUGCAUGAACAGCGCUGGUCCUCAAGAAGGCCUUCUCAAGGGGGAAAGAGUCAAGAGCUGCGAGAAGCUGCUCUCUUGCCUUCGGAGGCAAGGGAGAGAAAGGGCAGAAGAAAGAAGUGCCGCAGGCUGGCGAAGCAGCAGCAGCAGCAAGCAGCAACAGGAGGAGACCUGGACGGGGAAGAAGGAGGCGGAGAAGAGUGGCUCUCUUGAAGCAGCUUCACAGAAGGAAGAAGGGGGAGAUUGUGCUUCGACCAGCUGGAGGGCCUCUUUGCUGGCUCUCUCUCUGCUCUGUCUCCCGGAGUAGAUAGAGGCUGAUUUCCCUGGAGCCUGGCUGCUUCAGGAGGCUUAGGAUGUCCCUGCCCGGAGUAGCCUCUGGUCUGGGAGGGGCGUGGACAGAACAGGACGGACUCGGUGUCCAUACGCUCAGUGGCCCUUUCUUGAACUGGGCUGCGGCUUUCUCGUGCUGGACUUCACGUCUCUGCACUGGGGGGCCAUAAAAAUAGUGAGAGCGUGGCCCUCGUAGGGGCCGUACAAGGAGCAGCCCCUAUUUCAGCUGAGGUGUGUCUUUCUCGUGCUGGACUUUAUGUCUCUGCACUGGGGAGCCCUACAACUGUGGGAAGUGUCUGUAUACUGGAGAAGCCCUGAAUUGGCUGGGGAGUGGCUUUCUCGUGCUGGACUUUAUGUCUCUGCACUGUGUUUCUUAGUGGCCAUACAGUGGGCUUCGGGUAUCACUUUUUCCUAUUUGAUUUUACAUUUUUUCUUUGUAUUUUACAUUUUAAUGUCUGGGGGUGCUUCAAUCCUGGUUACAUGACUUUGCUCUUCUUUUUCUGAAUGGUGAUGAGGUGGUACCUCCGGCCUGGCAUGGUGCGACUGUAGAAGUUCAGCAUUUCUGACCUCUUCAAGCCGCGUGGUAUGCUGAGCACGCUCUGCUGCCUGAGAGCACAAGAAGAGAACAGGAGAAAGAUUGAAGGAACAACUGCAGAACAAGGAGAAAGAACAUCAGAAAGUCCCAACAGGAGCCCUGAAGACUAACUGGAGAAGUUGGAGGAGAAGACCGGAUAACACGAAGCAGGAGAGAAGAAAUAGGCAGGCUCCCCUCCUCGGAGCUGACUGCCUCCUUCAUGACUGAGUAGCAGUUCUUUCACAUAGAAAUAUCCCCACAUUGCUGUGAGCCUGUUUCAACCCAAGAUAGUGACUGUCUCCAAAGGACUUCCGUUUUUGGUGGCAUCUAAAUAUUGGCACAGCCCCGUUAAGCUGCUUAGCCUGUCAGCUGGUGGGGGUCUCGAAAGAGCGGCAUGCUUGAGGGGCAGUUUUCUGGCAGUUCAGUCUUCAUGCCUGACCCUGUGUCUCGGCUACUUCCUGCUCUGAGAAAUCCCCAAGCUACUUGGAGUGUGGUUUUCUUCAUUCCUGGCUUGAUAUCUCUGCUUCAAAUUGCUCAGAGCAGCCACUGAGAUGACUGGAGAGCCACUGGCCUUGGGUGUGUCCAGGGUUUUAUCCUAGAUGGCUUCUCUGCCCCCCAUUAUUUCUGUAUGCUGCUGCAAUAUUGUUUAAAUACAAACUUAAAAUAUGUUAAAAACUAAAACAAAAAUAGCUGUUGCAUAGGAUAACAUCUAAAAUGAUAGUAUCAAACCUAAAAAGAAUAAACAAGUGUAGUAUAAUAUAAGUAGGAUAAUAUCUAAAAGAUUAGGAUAAAAUCUAAAAAGAUUAAACAAGUGUAGUAUAAUAUAAGAAAUACAGAUCUAUUAACUUAAUUAGGAAGGCUAAUAGGAAAUAAAAUGAAGCAUUUUCAAAGUAGAUUAGAUAUUCUAGACCAUCUAGUGUAUUAAAAUAAUAUUCAAAGCAGCAUAUGGGAAUGGUGAGAAAAAGCACUUUGCUACUGAAAGUCUGAAAGGCCAGAACACAUCCACUAGUCCCUCAUGUAGCUCUUCCGUGGCUCCGGGUCUCUUCCUGCUAGGAUCUUACAGACUAUUCCCCCUUUGAUGCAAAGAUGGGUGCUUGGGUGAUUUGAUGUAGAAAUAAAGAUCAGUAUUGUCUUUGUGUAGCUUUGCUUACUGACAGGCUUAUAGGAUGCUGAAGAUGGUAUUUCUGUCAAGCACCCAGAAGUGAUUCUUAUUUCAAGUUUUUUUAACCUGUGUUUUUUUUUUUUUUUUAAAUGGCCCAGAGACAUGAGUUUUGGGUGGUCAUAACCAAAUAUGCUAAAUAAAAACCUGUCAGUAUUGUC